AAGCUUCAAGAACAACCCAAAUGGUGACCUACGGAAAUCAACUUUGUACUUCCGGUUCAAUCACUAUUGACCUGUGAACCCACCCGGUGUCCCAUCAGGAUAAAUUAUUGAUCUAUCUGUGACCUGAAGGACACCUGAGUUCCCACCAGCUUACCUGGAUGCAGUCCUUAGCUAGGGAGGGUUUGCGUGUAGUCAGGGUGUCAUUGGUAGGGGCUAAAUUCGGCCUAAAGACUUGUACAGGAGUCAGACUAUCGUCCCAUCGGUGGAAGUCCACGCGUCCGGCCGCCAUGUCUGCGUACCAGUCAGACAGUGUGCGGCACUCGUACGACAGCAUCAUCAAGUCCGCAGGGGACAAACGCACGUACAGGGGGCUCGAGCUGACCAAUGGCAUGAAGGUGAUGUUGGUCAGCGAUCCAACCACAGACAAGGCAGCAGCAGCUCUGGAUGUCAAUAUAGGUUACAUGUGUGAUCCAGACGAUGUCCCUGGAUUGGCCCACUUCUGUGAACAUAUGUUAUUUCUGGGAACAAAAAAGUACCCAUCUGAAAAUGAGUACAACAGGUUUUUGAAUGAACACGGAGGAGCAUCCAAUGCCUUCACCGCAGCAGAACACACCAACUACUAUUUUGAUGUGUCCAGCCAGCAUCUGGAAGGAGCGCUGGAUAGAUUUGCCCAGUUUUUCAUCAGCCCAUUGUUUAACGAAGAAUCCAAGGACAGGGAGCUGAACGCGGUGGACUCGGAAAACGAGAAGAACCUAAAGUCGGACAUGUGGCGCCUGCAUCAGCUAGAGAAGGCCACGGCUGACCAGAAACAUCCCUUCAGCAAAUUUGGAACAGGUAACAAGUACACACUAUCUGAACGACCUGCCCAGCUGAACUUAGACGUGAGAGAUGAACUUCUAAAGUACCACUCCACGUACUACUCAGCCAAUGUCAUGGCACUCUCAGUUUUGGGAAAAGAGGACCUUGAUUCCUUGAGUAGGUUGGUGGUAGACAAGUUUGCAUCAGUGGAGAAUAAGAAUGUGAAGGUGCCAGAGUUUCCCAUCCACCCUUUUCAGGAAGAACAUCUCAGGCUUCGCUGUGACGUCGUCCCUGUAAAAGACAUUAGGACCAUGAAUGUGGCCUUCCCCUUACCAGACCUGCACCCGUACUACAGAACAAAUCCUGGUCACUACCUCGGCCAUCUGAUUGGCCAUGAAGGCCCUGGGAGCCUACUAUCACUACUCAAGGCAAAGGGCUGGGUGAACAGUCUGGUAGGAGGACAGAGAGAAGGAGGGAACGGGUUCAUGUUCUUCACUGUGAAUGUGGACCUGACGGAAGAGGGACUUGGUCAUGUAUACGACAUUGUGACUCACAUCUUUCAAUACCUGGAGAUGCUGAGACAGGCUGGGCAUAAGGAGUGGAUCUUCAACGAGUGCAAGGAUCUGAGUGCCCUCAAGUUCAGGUUCAAGGACAAAGAAAUGCCUCGAAAUUACACCAGUCACUUGGCUGGACUCUUACAGCAAUACCCCUUGGACCAUGUGCUUGUUGCUCCCUACCUGUGUGAGGAUUACAAGCCAGAACUCAUAGAUGAUGUACUGUCCAAACUCACUCCAGAGAAUGUCAGGGUUGCUGUGGUGGCCAAAGCUUUUGAAGGUGCAACAGAUAGUGAAGAAAAGUGGUACAAAACACAGUAUAGGGUGGAACCAAUUUCUCCAGACCUCAUUAAGCAAUGGAGUCAGGUAGAGACACAUCCUGACCUGAAGUUGCCCCCUCCUAACGAGUUUAUCCCAACUCAGUUUGAGAUCAAGCCCAGGCCAGCGGAGGCACCAUCAAUACCAGAAUGCAUCAAGGAUGACCCCAUGUGUAAGGUGUGGUUCAAGCAGGAUGACACCUUCCUUCUACCCAAGGCCUGCCUCAACUUUGAAUUCAUCAACCCCGUGGCGUAUGCUGACCCUCUGAACUGCAACCUGGCAUACAUGUUUGUACAGCUGUACAGAGAUGCGCUGACGGAGUAUGCCUAUUCUGCUGAACUGGCUGGUGUGUCAUACACACUCCACAACACCACCUAUGGCUUCUAUCUUGCUAUUGGGGGAUACGAUGACAAGCAGUCCAUUCUCCUGAAGAAGGUUCUGGACAAGAUGACAUCGUUUACUAUUGACCCUAAGAGGUUUACUAUCAUCAAGGAACUUUACACACGUGCACUGGAAAACUUCAAGGCAGAGCAGCCGUACCAACAUGCGGUGUACUACACAACGCUGCUGUUGUCUGAAGUGGGCUGGACAAAGGAAGAACUGGUUGGCAGUCUCGAUGAGGUGACAAUAGAAAACCUGCAGUCCUUCAUGAAGCAGCUGUUCUCUCAUAUGUACAUGGAGUGCCUGGUACAUGGCAACGUCACACAACAGCAAGCCCUGGAUACUGUUGAGUUGGUGGUCGGCAGUCUGCAGGAAAACACGAAGACACGCCCUCUCCUGGCCAGCCAACGUGUCAAACACAGAGAAGUCCAGCUCCCUCAGGGUGUGGCCCACAAGUAUGAAAGAGAAAAUACUGUUCACAGUACGAGUGCCAUUGAAACAUACUAUCAGUGUGGCCUUCAGUCCACCAGGGACAACAUGCUGCUGGAGUUGCUGUGUCAGAUUCUGAACGAACCCUGCUUCAACCAGCUCCGCACUCAAGAACAGCUAGGUUAUAUCGUGUUCAGCGGUGUGAGGCGGGCCAACAGUGUCCAGGGGCUGCGCUUCAUCCUGCAGUCCGACCGCCAGCCCGCGUACUUAGAUGAACGGGUGGAGGUUUUCGUGCAGAAAAUGGAGUCUCACCUGCAGGAUCUGAGUGAGGAGGAGUUCCAGAAGCACAUCACAGCCCUGGUGGUGCGCAGGCUUGACAAACCCAAGAAGCUGACCAGUGAGACGGCCCGCCACUGGGGAGAGAUCCUGGCGCAGCAGUACAACUUCGACAGAGACAACAUUGAAGUUGAAUUCCUAAAGACAAUCACCAAAGAAGAGUUGCUGAACUUUUACAAGGAACACUUUUCCUGGGGAGCCCCUAAGAGACGUAAGCUGACCAUCCAUGUGAAACCAGCUGAAGCCGCACCAGGAACUGACGAACAGGGAGCAGAAGCAGCCCAGCAGACAACAGAAACUAACUCACCUCCGGACAUCCCUGUGCCCCAGGAGAUCACCGAUGUGACAGCCUUCAAGAGCAACCUUCCCCUCCACCCCCACCUGCCUCCCUACCAGCCUCACAAGGACCCGGACUUUGUUCUCUCUCAGGGAAAGGCAAAACUCUAGUCAGACAUCAGGCACAAGGUGGGCACUCUCAGGGCUCGUAAUACAGGUGCAGAUUUGUGCACUUUUGUGCAGCCAAAUUGGAGCUUUACACCUAAUUGUUUACUAUGGGUGCACCAGUGCACCUUGAUAGUCUUUACACAAUGUAAAAUGUAAGGUUACCGUACUAUAAUUGUACACUAGAAGACAGAAUACUAAAUGUUUUUAAGCAUCUGAUAAAGUUAGGGAUAAAAGCUUUGUUGUAUGGGGUAUUUAAGAUCUUGAAGUCUAAGCUAUAGACCUACAUGUCAAUGUCCAUAAAAGUUAUAAUAAGCGUACAUGACUAGUGACUGUAGAACACAUCUCGUAAAAAGUUUUCAUCUAAGAACUUUCAUGUUGAUGAUACCAAUAUUGUCAAAAUGGGAAAAGAGGAAUUUCAAAGUCAAACUGGAGACUGUAACCUCAACAAAUUUCUUACAAUUUAUUGUUCCAUACAUAAGGCAAUGACAAGAUGUCUUGCUUUCCUGACAUUAUGAUGAUAAAGGGAGAAUGACAUGUACUUUUAAUUACUACCAAUAGCUGCCCUUGUUAUGUUAGCCCAUGCCAUACAUAUACAUUAUAUCUCAUUAUUUGCAAGUUGCAUUUUACAACAUUUUGCAAGAACCAAGGAAUUAGAUCUUUCUGGCUACUCUGUUAUAAUUUAUGUUUUCUUUACUAGUUUGUAGGUUGAUUUUAGAGUUCAGAAAAUGUCAUGAUUAGGAAUACUUCUUUUUAUCAUUUUUUUCAUUAGUGAUUGAGAUACAAUGUAGAACUUUAAAUCAUUAAUAUUAAUUAUUAAAAUGGACUUUCAUCUUCAAGUUGGUACUGUACAUGUACACAAACAUAAAAGUGAUACUGUAACAAUGAUUUUGACAGAUAGUAUAUGAAACUACACCUGGUCCAGCUCAAGAUGUACAUAAUCGAUUAGUGUUUAUACUUUAAAUACAUUGAAGUUAAAUUGUUAUAACUUUAAGUCUUAAGAAUCAAAGAGGCCUGAGCAGAAAACUGUUAUACUAACAAUUACCCGUAGAAGCAAAGCCAUACUUCAUCUGAAGUUAACUACUAUGCCAAGGACUAGAAUCUUUUUAAAUGCUGCUCUAAGACUUGUACAUUUACAAAGUGCAAACUGACUUUGAAUGUUCUUACCAUCAUUAAAAGAGUUGUAACAAAUUGUGGUUAAAUGUGCUGAAUAUUGAGGACAAAGAAAAUAAGAAUAAAAUUUUAUGGAUCACA